AUGGCUUCAAGCCACAACUCCCUGCGGGACCGCCAGAUCAGAUCGAUCGAGCGCAUGCUAAAUCUGAACCAUGACUCCGAGGAAUCUUCUGGCGACCACGAUCUUACGAGCAAUGGCGCAACUGUGUCUGCGCCAAUCCUAAAUUCCGACGGAGAUCCUAUCUGGAAGGUACUCGUUUUUGACGACCUUGGAAGGGAUGUCAUUAGCAGUGUCCUACGAGUUAGUGAUCUGCGGACAUGGGGAGUAACAAUGCACAUGCACAUAUCAUCUUCCCGCCAUCCAAUACCAGAUGUACCAGUUCUUUAUCUUGUUGAACCUACAGCUUCAAAUCUCACAUCAAUCACUUCCGACCUCUCACGUGGACUGUACUCUCCAGCAUACAUCAAUUUCCUCUCCUCGAUACCUCGACCCCUCCUCGAAGACUUCGCCAGACAAACGGCGGAAUCUGGAACAUCUGAAAGCAUUGCACAGUUUUACGACCAAUACCUCAACUUCAUUGUUGGGGAGCCAGAUUUGUUCAGUUUGGGAAUGCGGAAAGAUAAUACAUAUUGGACCUUGAAUAGUGCGCGGACCAAGGACGAAGAGCUAGAUAAUGUUAUAGACAGGAUUGUGAGCGGUUUGUUCAGUGUGAUGGCUACAAUGGGUGUCAUGCCGAUUAUACGCUGCCCUAGAGAUGCAGCAGCAGAAAUGAUUGCAGCGAAGCUCGAUCGAAAGUUGCGAGACCACAUUCUGAAUUCGAAAGACAAUCUGUUUUCGUCUCAAGGGAAUCGUCCCUCGACAGCUUCGGGUACCUCCUCUUCGCGACCGGUACUCAUUAUUCUCGAUCGAAAUGUAGACCUAAUUCCUAUGCUCUCACAUUCUUGGACAUACCAAUCACUGGUGCAUGAUGUCUUAAAGAUGAAGCUCAACAGGAUUACGGUUGAGACACCAGUAGACGAAAACAACCCAGCCAAAGGUUCGACGAAAAAGGCAUAUGACCUGACAUCGAAUGACUUCUUCUGGAGCAAAAAUGCCAGCAUGCCUUUUCCACAAGUUGCAGAAGAUAUUGAUGCAGAAUUGAGCAGAUACAAGGAUGAUGCAACGGAAAUAACGAAGAAGACUGGAGCUUCAUCAAUAGAAGAUCUUCAAAACGACACAAGUGCUUCUGCACAGCACCUGAAAGCUGCUAUCACCUUGUUGCCUGAGCUCCGGGAGCGUAAAGCUACGCUUGAUAUGCACAUGAAUAUUCUGGCUGGACUACUAAAUGGUAUUAAGAAUCGACAGCUGGACAACUUCUUCCAAAUGGAGGAGAAUGUCACAAAGCUGAACAAGCAACAAAUUCAAGAAGUAUUAGAAGGUGCAGAUCGAGGAACUGAGCCAACAGACAAGUUGAGGUUGUUCAUCAUAUGGUUUCUCAGCACGGAACAAGACGUCUCAAGGGCUGAGAUGGAGAAGUAUGAGGAGCUGUUGAAGACAGCUGGAGCAGAUACCUCCUCUCUAGCUUAUGUCAAACAAGUCCGCGCAACAACCCGCAUGACAAUGAUGACCUCUGCACCCUCACAGUCCACGCCACAAACCUCCAACUCUGGAAGUCUCUUUGGUGGUUUCGGAAGCAGACUUGGUGGCCUUUCUAGCAUAACAUCCAAAAUCCAAGAAUCCGGCAUCGGAGGAAACCUCGGUGCUAACUUCAGCGCCAAUUUCGAAAACUUGAUCUCGGGUGUCAAAAAUCUGAUGCCUGUCAACCGCGACUUAACAGUAACCAAAAUCACAGAAUCGAUUAUGGAUCCUGCAGGUGCCAGCAGCAGCGCUAUUGCCAAGACGGAAAACUACCUCUAUUUCGACCCUCGGAGCGCAAAUGCUAGAGGCACCAUGCCUCCGCCUAGCGCAGCGAGGAAAGGAGAUCAGAUGCCAGGAGGUAUGGGACCUGGUAUGAGCGCGACGUUCGGACAGAGGAGGCAGGGUUUCAGUGAAGCCAUUGUUUUCACUGUCGGGGGCGGAAGCAUGGACGAGUAUGGAAAUUUGCAAGAGUGGGCGAAAAGAACCGGUGCGGGUGGUAGCGGUGCUUCUCAGGGCGCUGGUAAGAGGAGAGUUGUGUACGGAAGUUCGGAGAUCAUCAACGCUGAAGAAUUUCUGAAGCUGGAGUUGGAAAGGUUGGGACGUGAAGCUGCUUAG